AAUGGGGUGUCAAUGCAAGGAUUGUAAGAAGAUGCCAGCAUAUCAUAUGAUUCCCAGGUAAGGACGCCAUCUAGAAUAAAUUCCCAGAGGCCACUGCCCCAGUCAGACAAACCAACCCCACUGCUUCUCAUUCUCCUCUGGACCCCACUUGCCUUCUUCCUCCUCGACUUUCUUGUUAAGAUCAACACCCCAAAACAACCCUAUUCAGUAUCUCUGCAAAGAGGAAAAUCCAUGGGAGACUACAGAUCCAAGCCAUAUGUUGAUGACAGGAGGCAGAUAGAUUCCUACUAUGACACAUCCAGGCCCACUCCGUCAAACUUUCAUGAUAAGAGGUCUUACAGUGUUCCUUAUGCCCCAACCUAUAUGGGUAAUAACAAGGACUUAAAGUUGAAGAAAGGGAAGAGCCAAAGUGGGACUUCUUCAAAAUCUUGGACUUUCAGCGACCCUGAGUUUCAGAGGAAGAAGAGGGUUGCUAGCUAUAAGGCUUAUUCUGUGGAAGGCAAGGUGAAGGGGUCUUUGAGGAAUAGCUUCAGAUGGCUUAAGGCUAGGUACCACCGGAUAGUCUAUGGGUGGUCAUGAUUAUUAUUAUGAUUAAUUUUUUAAGAAUUUUGCGUUUGUAAGUUCUGUGCCUCUGUUUUAAUUAUGUGUCAUCUUAGAAUUAAGGUUCCUGGAUUGGGAUCAUUAAUUCUCGAUGUGGGUUGUCCACAUACAACUGUUUUCAUCCUAAUAUUUGGUUACGCAGUUUCUGGGUUCAA